AAGAAUCCGACCCGGCGCUAGACGAUUCGGACGGAAGGAAGACGAGAAGGCCCCGAGGCGAGCGGGGGAUCAAAGAAGAAGAUGAAGGUCCGUGCGGCGGUGAAGCGCCUGUGCCGGUUCUGCAAGGUGGUGAAGCGCCGGGGAAUCGUCUUCGUCCAAUGCACGGCCAAUGCCAAGCACAAGCAGCGCCAGGGCUUCUCCACCAUCGCCGAAGCAGCCGCCGUCUCGUGCGUUCACCUGCCUCCGCCGCCGCCCGCUAGCGGUUCCGCCUCCGCCGCAGCGUUCGCAGAGACUUCGAAGGUGGCGAGGCAAGAGAUGUCUAUGAAGUUCAAUUGGCGGCUGGGUUUAGCUGCCCUGUUCAAGAAUGGAGAAAAAUAAUAUAUCAGGCCUUCUACCAUACGCUGACAUUUUUAAGCAGAUGUUGAAUAGGGCCAGUUGGUACGAUGAUAUCAAGAGAAGCAUGUAGCAAAAACUGGAAACUGCACCAUCAUGUAUUUGCAGUGGAAUAAUAUGAGCAGAUAUUGUUACUUUCUCUUAAAAUGUUCGAUUCUUGAUUGUUUAAA